CGCGGAGAAUCAUCCUUACUUCAAUUUCAGUCCUUCGAUGUCGACGUCGCCGCCACCGUCCGUCUUGACAAAACAACGUCCUCGACAUCCGCCACGCAAUUCUUCGUUCAGCAAGCGUCAUGCAUCCUUCGACCCGCCCAGGGAGGUGCCUCUGCAGUCGGCGGACCCAUCCCCGUACAGCGAAGAACAAGUCGAGUCGGACUGGACGAAUAUAACAACGACGUCGGGUGCCUCGACGGGCCAGCAGAUUCUGCCGUAUCCAAGGCCUUACUCGCUGCCAUCGCAGAGUUCACCCGCCGCCCCAAUUCUCGCCGCUGCUGUUCCGUCUCAAAUUGAUCGGACGUCGUCUGCUUCCCUGCCAAUACCACCCCAGAUUCCUUUCCAUACCCUUCCAAAAGCAGCGCCGGUUAUUGAAGAGGAUGAACACCCAGGACCCCUUCCUUCACCUCCCCUGCCUGAGCCACAGUCCCAGACUCAACAGUCGACGUCUCUCCCAGUCCCGACACCUAUUCCUAGACCUCCCUCUAUAUCAAGGACCAGGCCCUCUUCUUCUGCAUCUUCCUCUUCAUACCCACCGCCCGAACCUCCAACAAUCCUUCCUUCACAACAACCUCCGGCCCAUUCGGAGCCACCGAUAGCCCCCCAUGAACCAUUCCUAUCGAACGCACCCCCGCCUCCAGACUCGUGGAUCGAAGUCGAGACCACUCCCCAUGAGUACCGUCUCAACGUGUGCUUACCGGGUUUCAAACGUGAUGCCAUAACACUAGCUACGAAACGGAGGCGUAUAUUACAUGUCGUCGCAGACUCAUGGGACGCUGGUGGAGGUCAUUUCGAAAGGCGUAUUUCAUUCGGUUAUGACGCCGACCUCGUCCAGGUCCGUGCCGAAUUCGACGGUGAAAUGCUCCGAGUCAUCGUGCCCAGAAGAGCGCCUGGAAGCGGGGGCAUCUGGUCGAAUUAACGUGUUUUCGUUUUCCUUGCCUCGUUAAUCGUUUAUCAUCAUUCAUAUCUAUACAGUACUAUUCUAGUAUACCUCUCAUUUACUCACGUAUCAUACGAUCGGACUAAAUACUAUCCCUUCCUAUCAUUUUAUUGUUUUUCAUGAAUGUUACCAUGCAUAUGCACCUGCUAU